UGUAAAAAUAAUUUACUAAUGAAGUUAGCAGAGUCAUACUUUCUCUCUAAACAGCAUGCAUCAAUUUAUCAUUUUAUCAGGCGAGUGAAGCAGUGCAACCUGGUAAAAGCAGUACAGAGGCAGGUGGAGCAACAGGGUCGCCGGUGAGGUCUGUAAUGGCUUAGUGAUUAUAACAGUGAAAGUGUUAGACUCAGUUUUGAGAUAUAUUAUUGUUUGAGGCACAUUGUGAUAUGAUAGUAGGCUAAUGCUGUAUAGUAAUACUCAGCAAAUAAAGUUAGCAUAGCCAUAUAUUUUCUCUCUAUAUGACAUGCAUCAAUUUAUUAUUUUAUCAGGUGAAUGAAGCAAUGCACCCAGGUACGAGCAGCAGCACAGACACAGGAGAGGCAGGCAGAGCACGUGAGCGUGCAUGUGCUCAUGCUUGUAGCGCCAGGGGUAUUGGUAGCUUACAGUAAGGCUGGGAUAGGUUAUAAUUCAGGUUAUUAGUAAUUCUAUAGCAGGGAUGUCAAACCAGCUUCCAGGAGGGACACUUUAUCCUAGUGUUUUAAGUGUAUACCAGCCAACUUCAUGUCAAUCAGAUUGUCCUCGAUUCAUGUCCAGCAUUCAUUUCAAGCCACCAGAAGUGACCAUUUAACAGCUGUCUCCUAAAAAAUUUCUUCCCGUGGGGGCAUGUCCCCGAACCCCCCUAGCGACCGUGACUCCGCCCCCCUAAAAAAUUGUGUCCCCACCAAUGUUCAAACCAAACCUACGCCCUUGGUUUGGAAAGGAACUGUAAUGUUAUUACUGCCAUUAAAAGCUAAACGCGUUAUAUUAUCUCGUUAUUGACUAAAGUAAUAUUAUUACAGUAAGGCGUUACUAAAGUAACGAGAUGCCGUUCAAACCGUCAUCACAAACAUACGAGUAACAGAACAUUCCUUAAUAUUACAUAUUAUAGAUCUGGGGCUAAAACACAAAGUCAGACUCUUCAGCCCUGAUAUUAAACAGUUGUUAAUAUCAGUUGUUUCAUUCCUAAUCUUAACAUUGUAAUAUUUGUUGGGGGAUUUAGAAACAGUUUCAUAGAAUAUCUGAUUUGGCAGUUUCUGCUCCCCCUGCUUGUCUAAACCUGGCCUCAGUCCCAAACCCCGCCUCUCAGAGCUUUACACAACUCCAGGAAAUCAGCACAGUGAAGUUUCGUUUCUUGUGAAAUCGUCAGUCUCUCUGUCUCACUGCAGCAAGAAUGGCUUCAAAAGUAUGGUCAGAGGAUCGGUUUAGCUGUUCAGUAUGUCUGGAGCUAUUGAAAGACCCAGUCACUAUUCCAUGUGGACACAGUUACUGUAUGGGGUGUAUUAAGAACUGCUGGGAUCAGACUGAUCAUACAGGUGUCUACAGCUGCCCCCAGUGCAGAGAGACCUUUACCCCAAGGCCUGUUCUGCGCAGAAACACCAUGCUGGCCGAACUUGUGGAGGAAUUAAAGAAGACAGGACUGAAUCCUCCUCCUGCUCAAAGUUAUGCUGGACCUGGAGAUGUGCCGUGUGAUUUCUGCACUGGGAGAAAGUUCAAAGCUGUGAAAUCCUGUUUGACGUGCCUGGCCUCUUACUGUGAAACACACGUCAAGCCACACUAUGAGGGGGCUGCUUUCAAGAGGCACAAGCUGAUCAAUGCAAUUGGAAAUCUGGAGCAGAAGCUAUGUGCUGAACACCAGAAGGUUUUGGAGGUCUUCUGUAGAACCGAUCAGACUUGUGUUUGUGUGUUGUGUACAGACGAGGAUCACAAGAGCCAUGAUACAGUCUCAGCUGAGAAAGAAAGGAGUGUGAAACAGAAGCAGCUGGGAGAGACACAGACAGAAAUACAACAGAGAAUCCAGGAGAGACUGAAAGAAAUUGAGGAGCUGAAAAAGGCUGUGGAGUCACUGAAAAGAUCUGCAUGCAUAGAAAUAAAGGAAAGUGAGAAGAUCUUUACUGAGCUGAUCCGAUCCAUUGAGAAGAUCCACACUGAGGUUAUUGAGCUGAUUGGAGCUAACGAGAAGGCUGCAGUGAAUCAGGCUGAAGGACGCAUGAAGAAACUGGAGCAGGAGAUUGCUGAGCUAAGGAGGAGAAACACUGAGCUGAAACAGCUUUCAGAGACAGAGGAUCACAUCCAUUUUCUACAGAAUUUCCAGUCUCUCUGUGCCCCUCCUGAAGCUGGAGACUUACCCAGCGUUACUGUCAAUACAGACAUCUCUUUUGAGGCUGUGAGGAAAGCUGUAUCUGAACUUAAAGACCAUAUUGAGGACUUCUGCAAGAGGGAAUUAAUAACAAAAACAGUGAAUGAAGUUGCAGUUUACAGUCUGCAGACUCCAGAGCCAAGGAACAGAGCUGAGUUUUUAAAAUAUUCCUGUCAGCUCACACUGGACCCCAACACAGCGAAUAGAGAGCUCUGUCUGUCUGAAGGGAACAGAAAGGUGACAUGGAGGAGAGAGACCCAGAGAUAUCCUCAUCACCCAGAGAGAUUUGAGAGCUGGUUCCAAGUGCUUUGCAGAGAGGGUUUGUCUGGGACUCGCUGUUACUGGGAGAUUGAGUGGAGUGGGGGACAGGCUUCUAUAGGAGUCACAUAUAAAGGAAUCAGCAGGAAAGGAGGGGAUCGUUCCUGUCGCCUUGGAUACAAUGACAAGUCCUGGAGUUUGCUCCGCUCUGAUUACAGUUACUCUGCCUGGCACAAUAACAAUAAAACUGCAAUAACUGCCCCCCGCUCCCCCAGAAUAGGAGUGUAUCUGGACUUUAAUGCCGGCACGCUGUCCUUUUAUGGCGUCUCUGACACAAUGACCCUCCUGCACAGAUUCCAAACCACAUUCACUGAGCCGCUCUAUCCUGGGUUUUGGCUUAAUUCUGGUUCCUCUGUAACAAUCUGCCAGCUGAACUAGACUGUUUUGUGUUGUAAGAAACCCUUUGUAUGGAACUCCCUGUCUGUCCUCUCCACUCCUCGGGUGAAGGGAAUGUUCAAUCUGACACAACUUUGGAUGAAAGUUAGGGGGUAAAACGGCGCCACCUGCAGAGCGAAACGAGGGGAAUUAUUUGUUUUUAGCAACGAAUGGAUUUCAUAGGAAGUAACUGUAUUUAAUUUAUUUUUUAAGAAUUGUCAUCCAAUAGUCAUGCUGUAACAGUUUUUAAAAAAGUCAACUUAAGUUUGCUUAUUGUAUGUGUGUGUUUGUAUUAUUGUAUUGUAUUGUGUGUGUUUGUUUUCUUUGAUUUCCAUAAAAUGAGUUUUAUGUUUAUUUUUUCAGAUUUUAGUAAUGCGAUUUAAUAAAAAAAAAUAAUUUGAUUAA